AUGUCUUCUCCCAUGGCUCACCUCCUGGCCGGCUUGCUGCUCGGCGCUGCCCAGCUCACAAUCGGCUCUCCAGUCGCCGACGCGCCCGUUGUCACCGUCUUCACCACGGACUGCCCCGAGCCCACCGUCAUCGACCACGGCAACCAAACCUACACCCUCACCGUCACCAACCCGGGACCGGCCCCGACCGGUGUGCCCCCGAACCCCGAGUGCCCGGCCGGGUGCGCCGCCGCCUACGACAAGUGCCGCGGCGCUCCCGAGGCGAACCGCGCCACCUGCGCCGCUGAGUACGCCGGCUGCCUGGGCUACAACCCCUUCGGCCCCGACGGCUCUCUCAUCACCCCGACCGCCUGCUCCAGCACCCCCGUGACCCCUACUGCGCCGGUCACCACCCCGCCGGCCUCGGCCUCAACCCCCACCGCACCCGCGUCCGACUGCCCGGUCGAGUGCGCCGCCGCCUACGACAAGUGCCGCGGCGCUCCCGAGGCGAACCGCGCCACCUGCGCCGCUCAGUACGCUGGCUGCCUGGGCUACAACCCCUUUGGCUCCAAUGGCUUUUUUAUCACCCCGACCGCCUGCUCCAGCACCACAGUGGCCCCUACUGCGAGUGCCAUUACUCCUACUGCGAACGGUUCCGCGCCGGUGUCUUCUCCCACUGUUCCGGGCAAGUCUUCGCCUUCCUUGAUUCAGACCGCCGCGGCUGGACGCGCUUCAUUUGUGGACGUUUUCGCUGCUUUGAGCGUUUGCGGUCUCGCUGCUCUUGCUCUGCUGUAG